UGAAGCGGGCCCACCGACCUGUGGCAAAAUUGUUAAGUGCAGUGAGUUAAGUGACGAUGUGUGGCGGUCAAUACUUUGAGUAUCAACACUGUUAUCGAUUCCACAAAAUGAGCAAUAUAUGAUUUGUAUGAUACUAGAACAAGUUUGAAUUACUUCUAGAGCAACAGCUAUGAUUGUUUCCGUCACGUGGAUCACCAAUUUCAAACUGCUGAAUGCAGUAUCCAUUCCCGAUAUAACACCAAGGCGGGUCGGUGGCCAGAAAGAGCGCUUUGGUGAGCUCACACAGAAACGAAGCAUAAAGGAGAAGGAGCCUGAGGAUGCGUCUGGACCGCGGCUCGGACGAGUGUGCCUGGACUGGAGGUGGAGAAGAGGGCGGGGACCUUGGGAAGGGCGGCUGAGUGGAUAUGGCAAGACGCCUGCUCCAUUCCAAAACACAGGGAAAAUUCAUGGCACUUCAGAACCAUCUCGGAAAUAUUUUAUUAAUAUAAUUUCAAAUUGUGUAUUUAUUUUGUUUGUAAAUAUUCUAUAA